AUGCCCUCUCUUACGGAAAUGGCAUCACAGAGAUCUCAAGACUUGAUACAAGUCCUGGAACUAUUUUCGCCAUCCGCGGUUGUGGGAGACUCUGCCUUGCGAACCAGUUUUCGUCAAUUCUUCAAAAAAGGCACUUGCAUUGAGUACUGUGAACUUCUUCCUGAGGAUUUAGGGGCUCAAGAAGUAUUUACAUGCAUUCAAAGUCUCCGGGCCCCACCCCCGACCGCCCAUGUGACUGCACAACAAUUACACCAGCCACACACUGCUACGCCACGCGAUACCUCCGAACCACUUAGCACCACGCCACAUGCUGCUACGCCACGCGAUGACGCCACGCUACACGAUAUCACCGAGCCACACGAAGUCGCUACUUCCCCAUCCAAAAAUCCAAACCCUGUGGCAGCGUACUUUAAAGUUCGAUACCCAGAUCUAAAGAAGGCACGAAUCGAAACGAUGACAAGGAUCGCCCAAAGCACUGCUAAGGCUGGAAACCCCCAUCGAAGCAGUGUCUUCAAAAGUGUCAGUUCGAAAGAUCCAAUUGCACAGGCAAAGGAGGUGUAUGAGAUGAACCGCAAGGAUUUUGCUUUGAGCCAGAUUAGUAAAGAGUUAAAAGUAGGAAAGAAGGAUGUGCUCGAGACGUACAACUUGGGCAGCAAGGACCUUAUAUGUAUGGAAUUUGGAGGUCCGGCUUCUCUGCAUUACAUUAAUGGCGCGAAGUCAGAUAUAAAAAGACUCACCGAUAAUGACGUGGAGGCGUUAUGCAUCUAUCGCCAGGAAAAGCAUCCAGAUAUAGACCGCCACUACAGAGAUCAAGAUUUGGAUAUUGCAUACGAGCUUGUUUCUGAUCUUCGAGUCUUAGGCUUUACAGAUACCACCAUCGCAAAAGGCAGCACUAGAUUGACUAAGUUAAUCGGCGAACAUGUGGACAUGGAAUCGCUUGUCCUCAAUGGGGUGCUACUUCCGAGGAAGCAUCUCAAUGGUCGACAAGUCAUCGAGUCAGCUAUGAAAUCUAUCUCCGUCAGUCGUGCUCUGGUAGCAACGACAACAACGACAGCAACAACAAUAGCAGGACCUGAACUAGAAAUGAAUAUUGGAGUGCCCUCCAAUAUAACGUUGCCUGGUACACAAGCGGCUAUACAGCCUGACCAAAGUUUCCAGGAGAAUUCUCCUACAUCAAUUGAACCUCCAGCGAACGAGCAUCAGACUGCAAGCAGGGAAGCCAUACCAGCUAACGGCUUUAAACAUCAUUUGACAGUCGGCGCCAACUCCGCGAGGAAGAGGCACAAGACGGGCAAUGAGGAUGUACCUACUCCUUGUAACGAUACGGCAACAGCAGGACAUAGCGAGACUCCGUGCGAUGGCAACGUAGGACCGGAUGGCCGAGUGAGACAGUCAGGAAGCGUCCCCAAUCAUCAAGCAGUCACCGCAUGUAGUGCCGAUGCCAUGGUUGCAUUACAGAGCCUAGAGUCGUCUCGACGGACCAGCAAUCACAACUCCCAUGUUUCGUCGUCAAGGUGGGGCACAGGCCGAGCAGCGACAAGCCAGCGUCAGGAUUGUGAUGAAGAACAAGAAGCCUCAUCCGGUGAUACCGACGUCGACCAUCGACCGCAACCGGAUAUCAUGCGAGAAGAUGAGCAGAUUGACUCCACCACUACCUCAGAGAAUGCGCGAUGCAUUCAUGAAGACUUUCAAUUCCUAGAUAUCAUGUCUGCAGUAAAUGUCCUUCAGUCACUGCAACAUGACAGCCAUGGCUACAUGGGGGUUGCUGCAACCGGAACGUACCAGCAGCCAAUCUCCUCAUACGCAAGCUCAUUCCAGGUUGGACAGUCCUUGGAGCCUUCUUCCGAUCCUGAGGAUCGAACGCAAUUGUCGCCAAACACUUUAGGCAUGGUCAGGACACAAUACGGUGCAUCAGAGCAUGGUAGUACCGGGAGGGCAGCGAACAGUACCACAGUUUCGAAUGACAACGAGCUUCCUUCCCUUUGGGUCGCAGACAUGCGCAUAGGGAACGAACGUUUGGGAGACGUCGAUAUAUUUUCUGAUUACUACUAA